GUACCGAUCAGGUACCGGCUUGGAUUUUGUCGUUUUUGCACAGUGAAAUACAACAGCAGCACGAGUGAGCUGGAGAACAUGUUCGUUUACCUCACAAACGUGUCGAUUCAAAAACACGCUGAGAAAUCUAAUGACAGUCAUGGUGGCAAAUGGUCGAUACAUAACCUCAAGAUGUACUUGGAAGGAACAAGAGGAAAAGAGGCGAAUGAUAAACUGUGGGAUGACAUUCCUUGGCUUAUCGUUCACUCGUUGAAGGCCAUACAGCCUGUGAUGGCUAGUGAUCGGCAUUGCUUUGAGUGUUACGGCUAUGAUAUCACGAUUGACACAGCUCUCAAACCGUGGCUAAUAGAGGUGAUGCAUCUCCGUCACUCACAUCGACGACUGCAGCAGACAGAGUCAUGAAAUACAGAGUCUCAUUGAGAUGCGAGUCAGUUUCGUC